CACCGCUGCGCGGAACUCGGUUAAAAAACGUCAAGAUUUCAGUUUAUUCUCGUGUUUACUAGAUUAAACCUGCGGCAGAACUCCGGUUCAGUCUGGGUCGGUAUAAAAGUUGUUCCGGAACAAUUCGGCGCUGAUUUAACUGCACUAAAGAACUUUUCUGGAAGUAACGUUUCCACUUUUCCAAACCCUGGUGUUGUUGAAGAGACGGUCCACCCUGCUGAGCGCCUCCAGCAGCGACCAGGAGAUCCUGGAAAGGUCCGCAUUAAAGUUGAGCAUUCAGAGAUCAACUGCCAGCCGAAUCAUAAAACACACUUUUAUUAAACAGAAUAAUGUCAAACAGCACACAUAGUGCAGCUCGGUUCCGAAUAUUACUGUAAAACAAUAAAAAGCUCAGUUUCUGAAAGGAGAUGUUUGCUCCCGAAUCCAGCUGAGAAGCGACAGAAACGAAUGUUUAAUGGACCAUAAAGAGGAGCUUCGUCUUUAAAAUAGUAUUUAAAAUAAUGAAUGAACAAAUAAGACAGAUGGUAUUUAUAGAAAGACGCGGAACUGAACCGGCUCCAUCCUCCUGGUUCUGGGAUGCAGGAGGUCCAGUGACCUUUAGAGGACAGUUCGAGUCAGAUCAAUACACGCCGAGUCCGAUCUCAGCCAAUCAGAGACGAGCUGCUGAUGACCACAGGAAGUGUUUAAUGAAGACUGGUUCUGAUCAUAAUGUCCAGCUGGUUUCAGGGUCCAGUCAGAGGAAGAGCUGAGGCUGCUCCUCCUCUUCCUCACCUGCUGCUGCUCUCACUCAUUUCACCUGAAUUAUCAUUAGUUCAGGUGAUGCUACAGUUAUUUGUUAUUCCUGUUUAAAUCUUUUACUGUGUGUUUUUUAAUUGUCCAAUAUUCAACUUAAUUUUUUGGGGGAAAUUUCUGUUAAAGUUUUAGUUUCAGCUUUUAUUCUAUUUAUUUGAUCAAUUCUUUGUUUACCCCAAAGGUAAAUGAUCUCGUGUCAACUUUAAGAGUCGGUGUGGAUGGUGAUGCUGUGGGCAGGAAGGAUCUCCUGUAGCAGUCAGUGCUGCAGCGAAUCAGAAAAAGGCUCUGACAGCAGAAACCAUAUUCCUGCUGAUCCACCUCCUUUGCUUUUGCUGCUCCUCUUUAAAUCUGUGUGGAUAGAAAAAUGUUAGAGAUGGUUUUUAACGUCUUUCGUCUCUCUGCAUCCGUGAAGCUCCUCAGGAUCUGGGGUCAAAGUUCAGGUGUAAUUUCAGUUUUUGAUAAGCAGAUGUAAAAAUAUAACGGCAUACUUUGUUGCUAUGGUUACGCUUCAUAACAACUGGGUGAAAGUAAGCAUACAGGACCAGAGGGAAUAACGGUCCAAACGGCAAUGACUCAACUACGGUCCAGAAGAACCAAUCAGAACCAAAUGAGCCCCUGCUGCGCCUGAAAGGAGGGAGUCACCAUAGUAACCAGAGUCCACUGGCAGCUCCAGGUGACCCUGGUGACCCCGCUUUCUUCAGUGACCUCUGACCUCAGCUCAUCUCAGGUCUGUAGCCCCGCCCCCUCCACCCAGUCAUUGGCUGAAGCAGCCAACCCAGUUGCUCAUUGGCUGGUGCGAAGGUGGGCGGAGCUAGCAGCUUCUGGAGGAAGAGGAGGAGUCUGUAAAUCCACGAUGAGCCGGCUCUGCUGCAGACAACAAGUGUUCAGAGAGGAAGAGGAGUGCAAAGAGGACGAGAAAGACUAGGUUACUGAGGAGAGGAAGGAGGAAACGGAGGUUACCACGGAAACACAGGAGACGUCACUGCAGCAGUGAGGACAGAGGACACUCAGGUUGUAGGAGCUGAUGGACAAUGGACCUGCUGCUCUCUCCACCACACACCAUAGGCUUCAGGGUUCUUCUGGGUUCAUGGAAGUUCAGCAGCCUGCUGCGUAUUUAGCUAGCAGGAAGGAGCAGGUUGCUAAAGUGGGCACCAUGUCUCAGCCAGGUAAAGUUCUCCACCUCUAUGUGGAAGUCCGGUCCGUUUCGGAAGAGGACGAGAAGUUACUGGACCGAGGCGAUGGUGGAACCAACCAGUUGAUGCUGCAAUGUCCAGAUCUCGUCCCUACCUCCCAAAGGAGCUCCAGCCAGUCCAGUCCCAACCGGAGUCCAGAUCUUUCCCCGGAGAUACCGCGCCGUUCGGCGAGGGCGAACCUCUGCUCCCCUAAGUCUUCUUCUAGGCAUUCAGUCAGCUUCCAGCUCCAGAAUCCUCACUCCUCUGCAGCCCAGUUCCACCAUCAGGAAACUUUGGAUGAAAGUUUUGAUCCCUCCUUUCAAUCUUCUACAUCCUCACACUGGCUGACUGUGCCCUCCACCUACACCACCCGUCCCAGGUCUUGUGAGGUCCCAGAGACGGUGGAUGAAGAUGGACGGAUGUCUUUGGUGUCCUUUGGGUACAUAGAGAAAGGCAGCGUCAGCAGCAUGGCUGGACACCAACAGGAUCCUAACAGAAGAUCAGAGGGCCAGCAGCUUGCUGCUCAUCUGAAGAAGAGGAUGAGUGACCCAAUGUGGUAUGGUGAUGAAACCUUACAUGGCAACAGCCACCAACAGCAGCCGAGGAGGGACUCCUCAUGGGGGCAACCCUACUUAUCGAAGGCAACCAUGGAUGCAGUGGCCAGAGACGCUACCCACCGGGCCUUGGAGGAGUUUGGGUCUCCAGAACUAAGACGUAGGUUUGCAGGCCAUGCUUCAGGGAGCCACAGUCCAUCUUUACCUCGACCCUCUCAGGCUCCUCGCUGCCGGUCUUUGGGUGGAUCACCUGUCCUGCCCCGCAGUACUCUGACCCUACCAUCCAGAACUGAGCUCCUGGACAUGGAUCGAAGGUUCUGUCAUGGUUCAGUGAAUGGAUUACCCAGAAGUCCUGCGUCUGACCGCUUAUGUGCUCAAAUGGGAGAAUCUUUCUACUCAAUGGCCCGACCCCAAGGUCCUACUCAAAGUCCACAGAAGUCCUGGCUUCAUGAAGACGGUCACAGGUUGCCCAAUAAAUUUCACCCCCCGUUACCUGCGGGAAGACCCACAGACAUUCAGCAUGAGAUUCCUUUUAGGACUGAGCACCAAGCCGGGAGCACCUACCACGAUGUUGGUACCAGGACCAGGUCCAGUCAUCCUGCAGCAGAACCUGUGAGCUUCAGCUCCGGUGAUCCCCGCAGUAGGAGUCCGUACCAUCCGUCCCGCUGUAGCAGCAGAACCAGCGAUGCAAACAGUCCCAUCAGUGACAGGAGGAGCAUCUCUCCAUACUCCAUCUCUGAUCUGGAUUGUAAGGUUCUUGGAGAGUCCAACAGAAUUUCUGCUGGUUCUGCAGACAGACGGUACAAAUGGACUCCCUCUCCGACUCCCUCUGACACUGAUUCUGUAAGAUCUGAGAGUCCCAAACAUUCAGGGAUGUUCCCAAAAGAAUCUCCUCUCUGGCAAUCUCCCCUUGAGGCUUUGCAGAUGGAAAACUGGAACCAGAAUCGGAAACCAGAAACACUGGUACCUCAAACGAAACCAGGAUGCAUUUCUCCUGGGAUGUCCAAAAGAGCUCCACCAGUGUCUCCUGCCUUGCUAAGUAAGUUGGAUCAAGUACCCGCUUCUGGGUUGCCCAUACUGGACCCCCGACUGAUGCGGACAUCGUCACCAUCUAAAGAUGGGUCCAACUUGCACCGGUACCAGUCGACUCAACACACCAGAGACCAUAGACCUCUGGUCCUGGAGCAGAGACAGCAUGAUGAUCUGCUGGACGGGUCACCAGCAUCCAGCCCCGAGGUCCCCAGAAGAAACGCAUCCAGCCAGAGGGCAGAGUGUCCGCCGGGGAGAUGGACCUCCAAAGGACAAACUGUCCAUCAGUCGUCUUCUGGAGUUCACACUCAGAGCAGCGAUCAGCGCUGUAGACCGGAUGCUCGAGGAGUCCAUAAACAGCUGGCCCAGGAGUGCCAGCUGCUGGUUCUAGGAAUGUCCAAGAACCAGAAAGAGACUCAGGAUCACGGUGCACCCCCGGGGACAUUGUCCUCCAGCUCCAGUGGGGUCACAGGAAGUCUGGGACACAGCAUGUCCCCUGAACCCUCCAGCCAGUCCAGCCACGGUACUACGGACAGCGGUUCUGGGAUGCAGGUUGGCUGGACGGGGCGGGAGAGGCAGGACUGGUCCACGUCGGACCGGACCGCUCCGUCCAGCCCUUCGUCUCGGUCCCAGAAGAUCGCCAGGGCGAAGUGGGACUUCCUGUUUGGAGGCCCGACGGAUCCUGGCCGCCGAAGCAGAGACGUUUCGUUCGUCACGCCACCAACCAGCGGCUCGCCCAGCCCCACCCCGCCCUCCUCCCUCCACCUGCAGCCGACCAAUCACAGGAGGGGGCGGGACCAGCAGAACCAGAAGCUCUCUCAUCACGAGGUCCAGCAGGUCGAGGUGGAGCUGGUGACCCCUGACCCCCGAGGCCCCGCCCCAAAGACCGGCAUCAUCCGGCGGUCCAUCAAGUACUCUGAGACGGACCUGGACGCCGUGCCGCUGCGCUGCUACCGGGAGACGAACCUGGACGAGGUGAUGCGAGCGGAGGCCGAGGCCGCUGAAGAGGCCGAUCCGGGUUUCAGCCACAGCGUUCUGGGAAAGUCCUGCUUCAGCCCGGAGGACGGGUCAUCCAGAUUCGACCCGGCGGGCCUCAGGGAGCAGAACGGCCAGGUGGAGGAGGACGAGGAAGAUGAGGAGGAGGAGGGCGUGGCCAGCUGGGCCAGCGUCCGCAUGCAGGGCGACCGCCAGCGGCAGCGCGCCGCCAGAGAGGAAGACGAGGUCCUCAGUCUGCUGGUGAAGGGAACCACGGCGCCGCCGUCCGAGGCCCAUGGCAGCCUGAAGUCGCCGGUGGCGGGGGUCGUUGCCCGGCGACCGUCAGAGAGCCAGCUGGACUCGUUCAGCCGCCACUUCGAGAACAUCAUGGAGUCGCACCGCGCCAAGGGUACGUCCUACAGCAGCCUGGACAGCGUGGACCUGCUCACCUCCGGUUCCACCUCCGUCUUCACCUUCGACCUGCCCACACUCACCCCCGAGAUACAGAGUCAGAUCUGCGAGAGCGCCAAGCAGAUCCUGGAGCUGAGCUUCGCUCCGCUGACCCGGCCCGAGUCGUCCUCUGAUACAGCCCUCGGCGCCGGGCUGGGGCCCCCAGUCCGGUCCCGGUCUGAGAAAGACACAUGGCGGCAUUCCAUCGUCAGAGACAGCUUCAGGAAGGCGACGUCGGUGCCGGCGCUGCACAGCAGGGAGCGUCCAGCGGACCAGCGCGACCCAGAGGUUCUGGAGGUCCUGACCAACGGCCUGAAACCGGACCUGCAGGCGGCCCGGCGUCUUGCCAAGCGGCUCUACGCUCUGGACAGGUUCCGCAAGUCCGACGUGGCGCCACACCUCAGCAAGAAUAACGACUUCAGCCAGAUGGUGGCGCAGGAGUACCUGGAGCACUUCAACUUCAGCAGCAUGAACAUCGACCAGGCGCUCAGGACGUUUCUGACCCGGUUUGCUCUGAUGGGAGAAACCCAGGAGAGAGAGAGAGUCCUCGCUCACUUCUCCAGGAGAUACAGGCAGUGUAACCCCGAGACGCUGUCCACUGAUGACAGCAUCCACACCCUGACCUGCGCCGUCAUGCUGUUGAACACUGAUCUCCAUGGAAACAACGUGGGGAAGAGGAUGUCCUGCAGCCAGUUCAUCUCCAACCUGGAGGGACUGAACGACGGGAAGGACUUCCCCAAAGACCUGCUGAAGACGCUGUACAGCUCCAUCAGGAACGAGAAGCUGCAGUGGACCAUUGAUGAAGAGGAGCUGAGGAAGUCGGUGUCGGAGCUGGCCGACGGCCGCACCGACUCCGCCUCCCAGACCAUGCGGCGCGUCGCCGGCGGCAACCCGUUGGUGGGCGUGGCCCAGCAGGCCGACGGCGAACUCUACAAGAGCGGCUUCCUGGUGAGGAAGGUCCACGCCGACCCGGACGGGAAGAGAACUCCGCGGGGGAAGAGAGGCUGGAAAACCUUCUACGCCAUGCUGAAGGGUCUGGUCCUCUACCUGCAGAAGGACGAGUACCGGACGGAGCGAGAGCCGACGGAGGACGACGUGAAGAACGCCGUGUCCGUCCACCACGCCCUGGCCAUGAGGGCCGCCGACUACCGCAAGAGACCCAACGUCUUCUACCUGAGGACGGCCGACUGGAGGGUCUUCCUGCUGCAGGCGCCGAGCGCCGAGCAGAUGCAGUUGUGGAUCACCAGGAUCAACGCCGUGGCGGCCAUGUUCUCUGCUCCUCCGUUCCCGGCCGCUAUCGGCUCCCAGAAACGCUUCAGCCGCCCGCUGCUGCCCGGGUCCAACACCAAGCUGACCCAGGAUGAGCAGCUCCAGGCCCAUGAGAACCGGUUCCGGGCGGUUUCCUCGGAGCUGACGGAGCUCGCUGCCGCCACGCCCGACCGCAGGGUCAAAGGUCGUGAGCUGGAGGAGCAGAAGCUGCGGAGGGAGUACCUGGAGUUUGAGAAGACGCGGUACGGGACGUACGCCAUGCUGCUGCGGGCCAAGAUGGCGGACGGCGGCGCCGACCUGGCCGCCUUCGAGGCGCGGCUGUGUGGCGACGGCGGCCUGCAGAGGGCGCACUCCAGCCCCUCGCUGCCCCAAGACACCGCCGGCACCCGGGACAAGAGCCGCGGCGCCAAGACGUCCCGCAGCCUGAAGGCCACGCCCUCCUCCUCCUCAUCCUCGGUGACGAAGAGUUGCGCCAAUGAGGGGGAGGGGCCAAAGAACGGCCAGAGGGCGGAGCUUCAGAAGCAGAGCAGCAAGCAGGAGGAGGUGGCGUAAUGUUCAGGCGCCGUCGGACAAAACGCUGAGGCACUUUGCCCCCUUGUGAGACGUUCAAGGUCGGCGGGAAAACAGACAUUCAUCCAGGAAGCACUUCCAGCCGUCGGCCUUUCACAACAAAAGCUUUAUUUCCUGUUAGUAAUUUCAGGGCAGCAAGCUGAGACCGGCGCGUUCAGGGUCACCAACCCAUCAUAGGAAAUUAUAGUUGCAUCGUCUCAGAUGGAAUCUGAGAGGAAACAACCGACCAGAACCAGAACCUCCAGAACUGUUGGACCAGAACCUUCAUGUCUCCUUCCUUCAGUUUCUGCUGGAGACAAACAGGAAGUACGGAGAACCGUUAGGGACAAAAAACUGAUUCCCAUUUAACCUGCAGAUCAGUCGAACUGAUGCAGAACCUCUGGUUCUGGACCCGGUUCUGGACUCUGGACCCGGCUCAGAGUAAAAAUGUUCCAGAUGUGAAAUUAAUUCACAGAAUUUAAAUUGAAUCCUGAAUUCAGGAACUGAGGAACCAAAGAUCCUCUGUGCUGGAAGAUGUCUCACUCCUGUUUUUAUUUGACCAGAUUCUCUUUCUGUGUGUGUGUGUGUGUGUGUGUGUUUUCAUAGUUUCAGUCAGAACCAGGCUGUAAUUCUCUGCUGCUGCCACUGGGGGGUAACAGUCAUUCGGACUGGAUCAGAACCAGAACCAUUCUCUUCUGAAGAAGGUUCGAUGUUUUAGGCAGAAAAAUCAGGAAAGCUCACAGAACUGAUCCGGUUCAGAACCCGAUCAGAACCAGAAGUUAAAACAUCAGAAUGAAAGUUUUCUGCUGUUAAUGGACCGGUUCUGAUCCGCCUCCAGCUGGCAGCAGAGGGAACCGGAUCAGAACCAAACUCUUCAUCGAGAGUUGGGUUCUUUUCUCCUCUGACCCAUCAGAACCAAACUGGGUUCUGUUCGGAUUCAGACUGGAUCAGAACCUGAGGACGAGUGACACCAGGUGGUGUCCAGAACCGGGUCACAGAGGUACCACCAGAGCCGGUCUGGAACUUUCUGGUUCUGUUGGACCAACCCGUCCUCUUCCUCAGGCUGCAGAUGAAGACCUAGACCGGUUCUGGUCGGUCCAGAGCGAGCAGAACCACUUCAGUACCAGAACUCUGCAAUUUCUGGUUCCGUGUAAAUAAGCUGGACCGGACCUGACCAGACCUCAGAAAUCUGUUGUAAAUAAAGUUGGACCUUCAGAACUGGAAGAAGCCAUACAGCCGCACUUUGUUCUGAGUCGGAACCAGGUCGAAUCGGACCGGAACCGGCCUGUGCUGUACAGACGUCACUUACUGUCUCGAUCCCGAUCCAUUGAGCAAAAUAAAAACAUGGACCGGAACCGAA